AUGUCAACAGCAGCCAACUACCUCCGCGCCCGCGCCGUGCCCAUCAGCAUCGCCGCCGGUCUCGGCGGCAUCUUUUGGUGGCAGACGCGCGGCGGCAAGACCCAGCCCCGCGGCGUAUCGGAGAAGCACAGCGCCACCGACACGGGCAACCGCGACAUUUCCGAGACGUUGCAGAAGAUGGGCGGCACGGGUGGGCCAUCGGCUCGGAAAGAGCCGCUGGCGGAAGAUCCCAAGGAUACAAGGGUGAUUUCGCAUAGUCCUGGGGCGUAUACGAAGCGGACGCCGGCCAAGACGGGGACGGAGCCCGAGGGGGAACAGACGACGGGGGCGGGGAGGAGGGAUACGAAGGAUUAUGGGGGGAAUAAAGUUUAG